GUAGUGCUUUUGUUGCUCUAUUUAAGCAAUCAUGGCUCAUGCUCAUGCUCUGUUUUUUCCCUUAUCAGAUUCAUGGCAUUGUAUCAUGUCAUUUCCAUGGGUAAAUGCACCCAAAAUUUGCCACAUGGAGUAUGAGGAGACAAGUGAAGAACCUGAGCAAGUUGCCCCUAAAGAAAGUGAACAACAAGAAGUUGAAGAAGCUGAAGAUAAAGAAACACUGGUAGAUACACAACAGGAGCCUGAGCCUGUGCCUGAGCCUAAGGAGGAGGAAGUUCCACCAUUGAUAUCAACUAACCAAGCUGAGGAUUUGUUGGUUGCUAAGGAAGCUUCAGAUAUGGUGCUGGCUGAUGAUAAUUUCAGUACAAUAGUCGCUGCAAUAAGUGAAAGGAGGUCUAUCCACAACAACAUGAAGGCUUUCAUCAGGUACAUGAUCUCCUCAAAUGUAGGUGAGGUUGCCUCAAUAUUUUUAAUAGCGGCAUUAGGGGUCCCGGAAGGCCUAAUCCCUGUCCAACCCUUGUGGAUCAACCUUGUCACAGAUGGACCUCUUGCGACAGCCCUUGGAUUCAAUCCACCAGAAAGAGACAUCAUGAAGAAACUCCCUUGCCGAAGUGAUGACAUGCUCAUCAAUCCUUGGACUUUAUUUCGCUAUCUGGUGAUUGGGCUAUAUGUUGGAAUGGCAACUGUUGGUGUAUUCAUCAUUUAGUACACAUGGCUCAUUCUUAGGUAUUGACCUUAGCGAUGAUGGGCACACAUUGGUCACAUUCUCUUAGCUUGCAAAUUGGGGCCAAUGCUCUUCUUGGGGGAAAUUUCACAGUUUCACCAUUCACAGCUAGGAAUCAUUUAUCUUUAAAUGAUUUGGUUUUGAGAGUAGUUCAAUAUUGUUGUGUUCUGACUAAAGUUUACUUUAUUACUUUGUUGUCACUGCUACUGAAAGGGACAGUUGUUGCACCCCUAGAUAAAUUGGGUAAAUCAUCAUGAUGUUGCUUUUCUAUGGAUAGUCUUAGCAUAUGGUAAAAACUGUUUUGUGGUGGUUUCACAUUUUUUUUUUUUUUGGGGUAUAGAAU